AUGGUGAAGGCGGUUUGUGUUCUUAGUGCAGGCACAGUUUCUACAGUUACUGGAACCAUUACUUUCACGCAGGAGAAAGUUGGUGAUAAAACAGUCGUCUCUGGCGAAGUAAAAGGUCUGACUCCUGGCAAACAUGGAUUCCACAUUCAUGAAUUUGGAGACUACACAAACGGAUGUGUUAGUGCCGGAGCACAUUUCAACCCGGCUGGCAGGACUCAUGGAGGACCCACUGAUGAAGAAAGGCAUGCCGGUGAUCUGGGAAACAUAGUAGCCAAUGCUGAAGGUGUUGCAGCAAUUAAUCUGGCAGAUGCUCACAUUCCACUCAUCGGAGAGAACUCAAUCAUUGGUCGUAGUGUUGUAAGUCACGAGAAGGAAGAUGAUCUUGGUAAGGGAGGCAACGAAGAAAGCUCGAAGACAGGAAAUGCAGGACCUCGCCAGGCCUGCGGAGUGAUUGGAGUCACUAAGUGA